CAGACACGCUCACUCACUGCACGAGCUGCUCAGCAGCGGCAGCUCAUUCACUACUAGGCAUCCAGAAAGAGACCCAAGAGUAGCUAACGGCUGUGGCGGCGGCAUUAACGCUGCGCCGCGUCCCUCCUCCAACGCAGGAAACUCCGCAUCCUCCGCGUCGUCUUUGCGUCGUGAGCUCUACUUGACGAUUGACUAGCUGCUCCCAGUUACCUAUUGUAACAAGCACACUGGGCGUUUCGCACUCUCAACACGAUACACCACUAAGCUAACAGAUUUCAUCCUUAACGCCUUCCGUUACUCCACCCAGACAGAUCAUAUCAUAUCGCUGCAUCAUUUGGGAAUAGCUACUGUAAGUGUGAAGUAAUUUACCCGAUAAGCUACCCCAAUUUUGCCACACCACAUCCCCGCCCGCUUACAAGUAUCAUUGAGUGAAAUGUGUUACGUGCCAAAUGCAAAGAAGGGAAAUAUGCUCUCAUAUGUGCUAGCUAGUUAAAUUGCGCCAAAAACGUAUCGGAUUGACAUGUGGUGAGUGGUUCAAAGGAGGAUGCGUGUUCGGAAAUGAGCGUUACCACUGUACCUAUGACGCUUAUUACGCCAGUGCCGCCUGCCGUGACGCAGGUGACCGUUGGGGCUAACGACGGUGGAGGAACUGCCGUAGAUCCCUAUUCGAAAGAUGCAAUCAAUCAGCUCUUUCGUCGACAGCCCCAACGUUUCAAGUUUGUUAGCAAGUUUAACGCCAAAAGUGUGUCAUGGAAGGACUUCGAGCUAGUCUACCUCGACAACCGGCUCAAGGACUUUGCACGUUGUGUGCACUGUAAAAGCUUUGUAACGUAUUCGAGCAAGAAAGGCACCGGUGGCAUGCUACGUCAUCGGUGCGUCGGCAAAGAUGGCCCAGUGCAAGGGGAAACCCCAGCCAAAAAAAUUAGUCUUGCUCCAAAGCCGCUCACGAUCGUUACUGCGCCACGUACACCAGGCCAGCGUCCCGCUGGCCAACUGUGCACUCUGCUCAAUUUGCAAAGCCAUCCAGGCCAGCCAGGCAAUAUACAGACGAUAAUCUAUAAUCCUGAUCAGGGCAACGUGCUCAACCUUCAGAACCUCACAAAGCUCGGUUUGGCCGUACAAGCUGUCAAGGCGGGAACUACAGCGUCCGCAGCCGCUGUCUCGGGAACAACGAGUGCAACACCUACAACUACCGUAUCGAUAACGAAGGUCGAGCCGAAACCCGAAGUGAAACAGGAGGUGAAUAGUAUAAUCAAGGCAGAAAGCGCAGAGGUUGCCAUCAAAGAAGAGCAAGCACCCAUAGAUGAGGUCGACGAAGCAGAUGGAACCAAUAAUAACAACAACGACGACGUUGAGCAAAUUGUAUCCAAUGUUGAACUAAACGAAGACGUCAGCUACGGGGAGCCGUCUUGCGAUUCCGAAGACGAAGAUAAUUGUCAAGCGGACACGCGCAAUUCAGAUUAUGGCCUUAUAUCGGCUCCGGCAGAAGUUCAGCUAGCGGACCUGCAGGUAAAGCACGAGCUCGAGCAGCAUAACGCCCGAAUGGAAGUAUUCCGCCGGCAGCUCGAGGUGGCCGACCUACAAAAAGAGUUCUGGAAAACCAAACUUAAAGCACUAAACAAGAGUUCGAAGACGUCUGAGGAUGACGGAAUACAUUCGGAUGACUGAUUAUCAUAAGUCAUACUAGGUUUCGGGCUUGUUUUGAUUAUUUGCUCCAACAAGCUUGUAUGAUCCUACCAAUUCAUGUGAUUUAGGAAAAAGCAUAAUAACGGUAAUACAAACCUGUGUGUGUACACGUGCCAAAAAGUACUGCGAUGGGAUCAGAGAAGGGAUGGAAUCUAUUUAACAGUCUAUCAGCAUAGCAUAUUAAUAAGUACGCGCCAAAAGGUGGAAAGGAUGAUUUUGACUACGCGCCAUUGUGCCAUAAGGCAAACGAAUCCAUAAGGGCUAGUAUGCCAUCAUCACAAGAUUUAAACAAGUAGUCAUUUUGCAAUAUUUAAGUGUUUAAAGCACAAUUGUUUUCGCCUUUGUUCAUUACUUCUUUUUUAAAUGCUUCGUUUCCCGUUGACGGCCGAGUGCUAUGAAUUUCUAAAAAGCUUUUUUGCUCACUAACGUCCAUUAGUAAAUUUCGAUCUCGAAUUGAGGUUUUCGAAAAUUGAUAUAUUGUUUCUCCUAACAUAACAUUAUAUAUAAAAUUAACAAGUUCAAACUGUAAUCAAUAAUCACGUUUUAGGACUUUACUGAAUAUUUUCUUUGUUAGCUUUUUAAAUUCGUUCUUACCUUCUAUUUGGUUUCUAUUUCUUGCCCGAUGAUUUCUAUAUUAGGUAUAAUCUGUAUUUUAUAAAAUCCUACAAUAGUCGUAUUUUAAAACGUCCAUACAUCCACCUUGAGACCGAAUUCGAGGUAAAAAUAUGGUUGCAACUAAGCGAUGAUUACAAAGUUGCAGGGCAACGAAAGGGCUUCCCGACGUUAUAUAACACUUAAUAAUCUGCAAAUAAAAAAUUGGACAAACAAAGCACUACACAAAAGAAACGACCUUUUCUGCACCGAACAAAGCAAUCAGGGUACAGACUAGAAGUAAUAAAGGCUGAAUCUCCAAACGCUGACUAAGCGAGGCAAACUCGAACCCAAUUUGAUUGCAAAAUCAAUGAGCUGAGUUAUGAAACUUGGGUAAUACUAACAAAAAGGCCAACACAUUGAAAAAAUAGUAUUCACUACGACAACUGAACAUAAUGUGUCAUGUGCAACCGAACAACAUUUGUCAGCAAAUGUGAUAUAUAUAUAUAUAUACUGGUGUAAAUAAAUAUUUAAUAAUAUAGUGUACAUAAAAACACGAUUCUCUUUCUUUUUUCUCGUUUGGCGAAAGCAUUGAAGCAGCUUCUGGUCGCCUGGCUGACCACGAACGAAAGAAAUACGACAUUCAUUUACUGUAUGGUAGA